CAUGAAGUACAUAAGAAAAAUAGCAGAAACUUUGGGAUUGACUGUUGCGUGAUCCCAUAAGAUAUCAAACUAUAAUAUAAAAUUCAAUAAUUAACCCCCCCACCCCGACUCCACACCACCCCAAAAAAAGGGAAACAAAAGUACAAAACAAAACAAAAAGUGAAGUUCCCCAUCACCUCAAGGAAAUUGCUUAGAAAAAUUCCAUACCCCCCAGAAAAUAUACACAAAAUUCCAACCAAAAAAAUAAAAAUUCUGAAACUUUUUCAAUGUACUUGUAGUAGUAGUUGUUGUUAAUAAUAUACAGAGAAAAAAAAUACUAAAUUCUUCUACAGCUCAAAAAAAAAUAAAAAUUCCCAGUUCAUCAGUUGAAUGAAAAAUGACUCAUCAUUGCUUUGGCAGAUGACACUGCUAUUUGGAUCAGGACUGCCUAGUCUUUUAAUGAUUGUGAAGUGAGAUCGGCAUACAGUCUCCUAAUUGAUUCAUAGACUGCACCCAUGGAGAAACUCAGAAGCAAAAGUUGGGUUGGGAGCAUAUACCACAAGUUCGAGGCUGUGUGUCAGGAGGUUGAUGAAUUUGUAACUAAGGACACAAUUAAGUAUGUUGAGAAUCAGGUGCAAUCUGUUGGUGCAAACAUGAAAAAGUUAUACUCUGGUGUGGUGCAAGAUUUUCUUAUCCCAGUGGACAAUCAUGUAAAAAAAGAGGCACAAGUUGUCAAUGGGAAGCCAAAGCACGCCAUUGGCACUUAUACUAGUUCAGUGACAAACGCGACACAGAGCCCCACCAAAAAGCAAUCAUGUGUGGAUCAGUAUGCUGGCAAUUCCCUUGAAAGCCAUAAUGCCUCAAUUUCAACUGAACUUGCUGGUGUGCUAGCUUUUGAAGAAGAAGAAAUUGAUCUUUCUGUAGGAAAUGAUUGUUCCACUGCAACUUGUAAGAACUCACAUAAGGUCUUUAAAAAGAAAAUAAAAAGGGAGGAAGCACUGGUAGAUGAGGAACCAAGUACUUCCGAAGACGGAAUUUCAUUGGAAUCCUGUGUUGACAAAGAUUCAAAAGAUACCAUGUGCUAUAGCUUUUCAGAUGAUGAUGAGUGUUUUUCUGUCGUAUCAAGCUCUCAGAUUAUACUACAAGAUGAUAUGGUCAGCGAGGAACAACCACUGGCUAAGGGAUCAAGUUCAUUCCUGGAUUAUUUGUGUAAAUCACAACUCAGGGCCUCUAAGAAUGAAAAACUGUGUGAUAGUUCUUCUGAUGCUAUCAACUGUAUUUCUAAUGUAACAAGUAGUCAAAUGGUUUUGCAACGAAACAUCACUAGGGAGGUACUACCAGUCGAUGAUCAAUCAAAUUCUUUUGGAGAUAUGGCUUCAUCAAAGUCAUUAACAUUUCCAUUGGAGGAAAGUCAUGGAAAUUCCCUCAUGGCUAAGUUACCCCAUCCAACUUCACUUAAUGAUAGAGAACUUAGGACCUUCCCAGAGGAUGAGAGAGGGUGCAACAGAUCUUCUGAUGUUGCUGAGAGCAUUUCCAAUAUUUCAAUAACUCAGACGAACUUGCAAGGCAAUAUCACUACUGAAGAUCGACUUGCAUCCAAGGAAUCAAGCUUUGUCGAAGAUAAACCUUUGCCCCAGGACCCAGCAUUUUCAUCUGAUAUACCUCCACUAAAUGAUGCAGGAUUUGGUGUGUCCAUGACUGUGCAUAAGAGUUUUCUGGAUGAUGUUACUUGUGUUUCUGAGGAGCCAAGUACGUCUUGGGCAUUUGAAGAUGCUCCUAGCACAUUCCAGUCAUCUGAACUUGUACUUUCUCAAGUUCUGGAGAAUGAACGCAUGGAUGUAGACGCUGGAAUAUCAAACUCUUCCAUGUUAGCAGAAUCUUCAAGCCUGUCAACUUCCUCAAUUGGAAACUGUAUGAAGGAAGCAGUGUCUGAUUUUAGUAUCUCCCCCGGUCGCUCAUCUUCGUUGUCUACUUCUUUAGUGAGUGCAAACAAUGUUGUUUCUGUCAUUCCAGCUCUCUCAAGUACUCCGUCGUUAACAGAUUUCAGUGGAUGUAUGAGUGAUAGCUCCAUUGAUCUUCCGGGCAUGGAAACAAUUGAUCUAACUGAUAAAGAAAAAGUCAAGGAAAGUUGUGUCCUCGUUGACAGUAAAUUACACAAUCGUGUUUCUUUUAGGCCAAGGAAAUAUAAGUCAUACAAGGAAUUAAUACAGGAGGCAUUUGCUUCUAGAAAGAGAUUGAUAAAGGAAUACAAGCAAUUGGCUGUCUUGUAUGCAGACGUGGAUGGUGAAACGAGCCAGCAUGUUGAGCUCUCUCAUUUACCUUCUCUUCCUUCACCAUGUCCACACUCAACGGAACCAUCCACAUGCAACAUAGGUGAACCUGGAUGGGAGCUCCUGUAAAUGAGCCUCUUUUCCUGUGAAAACUUUCCCAUGUUAAUAAUUUCUACUGAGAGUUGUCUUUGUAAAGUUUCCGCAUAAACGGUUAGCAUAAUCGAGCUAAUCGUUAGUCUUAUUGUGAGAUAAAUAGUAGAAACUACAUCUUUUUUUUUUUUUUCUUCCUUUUUCAUGCUUGGUAAGGCAUUUGAAAUCAUUUUUGGAUAAAUAUCGUUCUGCUCAUAUGCCUAUGAGCAUUUUCA